AUGGCACCAUAUUUCGGCCUGCGCGGCUCUGCCCUGAGCAACGCCAUCAUCUGGCUGGUCGUCUGUCCGGCUUUCGUCACAUAUGGUUACAACCUCAGUGUGGCCGGUGGCCUGUUGACGCUCGAGUCGUUUGUCAGAACGUUCCCCCAGUUAGACACCAUCAAUACCACGGGGGCCCAGCAGCAUACCAAUUCGACCAUUCAGGGUACUGUCGUCGCUCUAUUCACCGUCGGAGGUAUCUUUGGCUCUCUAUCAUGCGUCUAUUUCGGUGACAAGUUGGGACGCCGACGCGUCAUCUUCCUUGCGUCCGGCAUCACGAUUGUCGGUGCCAUCCUCAUGGCGACCGCCUUUGAUUUCGCUCAGUUGGUCGUGGCCCGAGUGGUGCUGGGAUUGGGAACGGGCGGGUAUCUGGCCACGGUCCCCGUGUGGCAAGCAGAGAUCUCCAAGGCCAGCAAGCGUGGCGCGCAUGUGGUGACGGACGGCAUCUUCAUCGGAGCCGGUGUGGCCAUUUCGCUUUGGAUUGACUUUGGCUUCUACUUUAUCACCGGCAACUCGGUGUCGUGGCGGUUCCCGCUGGCCUUCCAGAUCGUGCUGCUGCUGUGUGUCAUGGGGUUCAUCACCGCACUUCCCGAGUCCCCUCGGUGGCUGGUGAAGAAGGGCCGGCAGGCCGAGGCGCGGGAGAUCCUGGCCGCGCUGGCGGACUUGGAGCCGGAGUCGGAGUCGGUCAGCUCGGACAUCCGGGACAUCGAGCUGUCGCUGUCGCUGUCCGGCAGCGGCUCGUGGAGUGACAUGCUGAAGAUGGGCGAGCAGCGGCUCUUCCACCGCACGGUUCUGGCGGCCACGGGCCAGAUGUUCCAGCAGAUGUGCGGAAUCAACCUCAUCAGCAUGUACGCGACGACCAUCUUCGAGCAGUACCUGGGGAUGUCACCGAUCAAGUCGCGCAUCCUGGCCGCCGCCAUGUGCAUGACGCAGCCGCUGGGCGGGUUCCUGGCCUUCUACACCAUCGACCGGCUGGGCCGGCGCGUGCUGAUGCUGUGGAGCGCGGCGGGCAUGUCCAUGGCCAUGGCGAUCCUGGCGGGCACGACGUCGGUGACGGACAACACGGGCGCGCUGGUCGUCGCCGUCGUCUUCCUGUUCGUCUUCCAGUUCAUCUUCACGUUCGGCUACUCAGGCCUGACCUUCCUGUACGCGACCGAGGUGGCGCCGCUGCAGCUGCGCGCCGCCAUCAGCGCCGUUUCCACCGCCGCGGUGUGGACGUUCAACUUCCUCCUGGCCGAGGUGACGCCCGUGGGCUUCAACACGAUCGGGUACCGCUACUACAUCAUCUUCGCGGUGCUGAACGCGGCCAUCGUGCCGAUAGUCUUCUUCUUCUUCCCAGAGACCAACGGCCGCACGCUGGAGGAGAUUGACGAGAUCUUCAUGCGCUCCAAGAGCAUCUGGGACCCACCCAAGGUGGCACGCUCUCUUCCCCGGAUGCACUUUGCAGAGGCGGUUGAUGUGCCGACUGAUUCUGGAGAGGAGAAGAUGACCAAAGCGUGA